AUGGCAGGGAAACCUGAUUACUACGGACCGCCCAUUCCCGGAAACCAAGGUGCUAAACGCAGUUUCCCAGAAGACAUACCUCAAACUUCACAGAAGACACCCAAGGCAAACAGCGGAGGGUACCAGGAUGAAGCAUCUCAGAGCACAUCAGAUGAGUCUGUUACUCCCGAAAUACAGGUCCAGACACAAAACACUGAGGUAGCCCUAUGCGGUCAGUCAAUCCGUAUUCCGGACUCUUCCAGCCAUCAUUCGAAUCUGGAGCAUCGACCUCAGCGGUAUCUGUCUGAUGUGCCAGGUCCGACGAAAACGAAGUUACUUGAUCACCAGGCUUCCUCUGCGCCCCCUCCCACGACUACUCCAGCCACCGGACUUGCUUCUCCGCCAGAACAGCUAGACGUCCAAGCAGCUACGGCUCGGGCUCCUACUUUGUACGCUCAGCAUGCUUACCCUUGGGGACCCGCUCACCCAGGCUCUAAUCAACACGCUCAAAGCUUCCCCCCCUACGUACAGCAUGUGUACUACCCCACCGAUCGUCUGCACGCGAACCCGCCGGCCAAUGUCACUCUUGCAACCCUCCUCCGCUACAUAUCCCAUAUCGACGACUUGAAGGUCCGCGAUCUCCUUGCCAUAUCAGUUGUGCGACACAAGGAUAUCCAUGAUAUGGUUCAGUACGAGUACGAGAGGACAACUCUAGAAAGACAAAGUCAAGAAAACGAAGAUGCCAGUGUCUUGUCAUUCUACAAAGAACACCUGGAGGUUCAAAGAAUACUAUAUGGAGAAUACGACGACUUUUUGAAUCCAGUGAAGCAAGAGAUAGUGCAUCGAGCGUUCGGAUCCAUCAAUGAAACAAUCAUGACCAUUCCCUCGCGUGUGCGACCAAGAAGUAACUGGAGAACAAAAUUCAACGCCUUUCUCAUCCUCGUGUGGAUUGGCAGGGGCAUUGUAGAUGGCAUCGGCAUGCUUCCAAACGAAAUCAGGAUCCAGAUGGCGGUUGACUCUAGGCUGGUGGAAGCUAUCGAACACGUCUAUGAGACGAUGAGCGAGGAAGAGAUUCUGGAUGAUGGUGUUCGUUUGAUGGAAGCUCUCGUCGACCUGAACAAUGAUCGGGGCGCUUGUUUUGAUGGCAUGGACAGUGUUGUGAAAAUGUUUAAAGAGGUCAUGAGACAAGGACGAAAUGUGGUUGUGUGA